ACCAUCACUUUCCAAGUGUCCACGCAUCGUUCUACAAUGUCUGACGUCACCGUUGCCGAGACUCCAGCAGUCAAGACCCCAACCAAGGCUCCAAAAGCUCCAAAGUCCAAGACUACCAAAGAGCCAAAGGCUAAGGUCGCUGCUGCUCAUCCACCAUUCAUCAACAUGGUUACCGCUGCCAUCAGCAGCCUCAAGGAGCGCAAGGGAUCCUCCAAGAUCGCCAUCUUGAAGUACAUCACCGCCAACUACAAGGUCGGAGAUCAGCUCACCAAGAUCAACUCUCGCCUCCGCGCCGCACUCAACAAGGGAGUCGCCAGCAAGGCACUCGUCCAAUCCGUCGGAAAUGGAGCCAGUGGACGAUUCCGUGUUGCUGAGAAGGCUGCCGCCACCAAGAAACCAGUAGCAAAGAAGCCAGUCGCCAAGAAAGCUGCUACAGGAGAGAAGAAGGCCAAGAAAACUACAGUUGCAAAGAAGACCGGAGACAAGGUCAAGAAAGCCAAGUCACCAAAGAAGAUUGCCAAGCCAGCUGCCAAGAAGGUCGCCAAGUCACCGGCAAAGAAAGCUGCUCCAAAGAAGGCUCCAGCCAAGAAGGCCGCUGCUCCAAAAGCAUAAUUAUCUUGUGUGGUUGUUAAAAUCCCAUUUCGAUCUCACUACUGUAUUAUACCUCCUCAUCCUCCUCAUGCCUUGAGUACUGGUUUUUUAUGCAAUUGUUCCAUGUUCACAAAAAUAUAAAAUUUUAAUGAAUAAUAUAAAAUC